AUGGAGCCUUCAUACAGGAAGAAUUGUGUACUUAUCGAUGACGACUUUCCUGGAUAUUCCGAGAAAUGUUUCAACUUGGCUAGUAAGUAUGAACAGUACAUAGAGAGUAUAUUAGUACCUAACGGUAUGAUCAAGGACAGGCUCGAAAGAAUGUCAAUCGAUAUUUUAGAAACCUUUGAGUUGCUUAAUGCAACUGCUAUAAAUCUCUUAUGCGUUCUUAAAGGCGGGUUCAAGUUUGCAUCCGACCUAAUUGAAAAAAUACAUAGCAGUGCGGUUACACGAAGUAAAAAUAUACCUAUCUUCAUGGACUUUAUCGUUUCAAACACAUACGAAAACGAUGUCGUAGGUCACGAACCUCGAUUUCAUACUUACACUAACUUGACAUCAUUUAAAGACAAGGAUGUUCUCAUAGUUGAAGAUUUGCUUGACUCAGGCACUACUCUCAGCAAACUGGUUCCUUAUAUUAAAUCUUUUGAACCUCGUUCCGUUCUUGUUGCUUGUUUGUUGGUAAAAAGAAGAGAAGAUUCUUCCGAGUUCCAACCAGAUUUUGUUGGUUUUGAAGUUCCAAAUCGGUUCAUUGUUGGAUAUGCUAUUGACUACAAUGAUUUUUUUCGAGAUAUACCACAUAUAUGUUCAAUCAAUGAUGAAGCGAAGAAGACAUUUGCCAUAUCCAAAUCAGAUAAAUACGCUAAAUAA